AUGCGUCUUUCAAGACUAAAAAAAAAUUUAAUGAAAUUCAUAAUAAUUCCAUUAUUAAAAAAUCGUAAUUCAUGGAAAGCAUCAAUAAAAAUUGUAGAUGAUGUUACAACUAAAUUGCUUAUUGGAAAACCUUCAGAUGACAAAGGUGAUGAGAAUAAUAAUGAAGAUUCUAACAAUGAAGAUCAAGAUGAUGGAGUAUUUACAUCGUUGACUACUGUUUUUAAAUUUAUAUAUACUUUUAUGUUCGGUGGUGUUGAUCAGACAACUAAACAAACUUUAAUAUUGCCGUUUGCUUCUCAAUGUUCAUCUAUCUUUGGGAAGUUUAUAUCACAUGAUUUACGUGAUGCUGUGAUUAAUGAGUACCUUUCUCAUGUGAUUCCAACGGAGAUAAGCGAAUUUAAACAAUUUAAAAAAGUGGCUAAUGCUGUAUCUCGUUUUCAGGCUGAAAUGCGUAAAAUGGAAUUUAUGCGAACACCUCGUGAGGGUGAAGAUGAAGAAGAAGUAAGAACUUUGGGAUCUUAUGUAGCAAGAGUAGAUGUUCUUUUUAUAAUAAAAAAAAGAGACAAAUUAUUGGAACUUGGAAGGAAGAUAAUGUUAGAAGAUAAUUUUGAGAGUUUGUUAAUUACUGAAGAGGAAAAAGAAUCAGAAAUUGUUAUUAAAGAAAAUUUAGAAGAAAACGCAAAUCAAGGAACAAUAAAAUCAGAAAUUGUUAUUGAGCAAAAUAUAGAAGAAAACAGAAAUAAUGGAACUAUAAAAUCAGAAGAUAAAGAUAAAUUUGCGAUUAAAACCAAUAAUGAUGAUAAUCCAAAUGAAGGUUGGGAAGUAGAAUGGAAUGAAGAAUGGGAUGAUGAUAAUGAUAAUGAUUUAUUGAAUCAAAAUAAUGAAGAUAAUUUAUUAAAUCAAAAUAAUAAAAAUAAUCGAAAUGAGAAAUCAAAUGAAGAAAUUUCGCCACAGAAAUUAGAAAAAAGAUUGAUACAAUAUUCUAUAUCAGUAAAAUCUAAAGAUUUGAUUGAUUUAGCAAUCAACAUUUUCAAUGAAAUAAAAGAAAUACAAAAUCUGAACGCUAAAAGUGGUAUACGACUUUAUCAAACAACACUCGAUCUAUUUGAUCUAUAUCAAGCAAUUAUGCCAAUAUAUCAUUCAAAUAAUUUAACUGAUAUACCUUCAUUAGCUAUGUUAUUUCGUAAUGAUUGUACAUGGAUAGCUGAACAAUUAUUGAUUAAUCAAGAUAAAUAUUCUACCGUUUUAUCAUCAUUAAAUGAUUCUGAUUCAGAAGAUAUCGAUAAAAUCUCAUAUAAUGAGAUUUCCGAUAGAUUACGAGAAUUGGGUGAUGAAUGGUAUAAUAUACAAAUUGAUAAACAAAAGUCAACAAUUAAAGACAUAUUAGAAGAAAUUGGUGGAGUACAACAAACAGCGAAUGAUGAAAGAUUUGAGAUUUGUCAGCGUGCCAUGAAUCAAGUUAUAGACACUAUUAAUCGUCUAUCAAGAACUUGGAAGGGAGUGUUACGACCUUCAGAAUAUUAUUCGGCACUGGGCACAUUAAUAGACACACCGUUAAUAAUUAUGAUUGAUAAUUUGGAAGAUUUAUAUGACAUUUCUGCGGAAGAAUCACAUCAAUUGAAUUUGAUAUAUUCAAUAUUAUUCACUUUAGAAAAUUUAUUUGAGCCGAAUACAAUUGAAAAUUACACCAAAAGCUGGAAGAAAUAUCGUCAGAUUACGGAUAUUUUAGAACUUUCUUUUGCUAACAUAAUGAACAGAUUUCGUGCAUCCGAACUUGAUUGUUUUACAACUGACGAGUUGGAAGGUUUAAUAUGUGCACUAUUUGCUGAUACACCUUUGAGAGAGCAAAACUUGGAGGAAAUUAGGGAAACAAGAAUUUUUUUCUAG